AGCUUAUUCUUAUUUCAACAGAUAGGUCUACACAGUGAGUUGAUUGAGGAUAUGUAGUCAUGACAAUAAUCUUAAGUGUCUAUAACUCCUAAAGCUACAGCAGUCUUUGAAUGCCAUAUCAUAUGAAAUUAGCAAAUCAAAGAAUGAAGUCUUGUAUACCAGCCAAAGAUAAGGAUGAAGAAGAAGUAAACCAAGAGGUACCACAGAAUGUUGUCCCUCCAAGUCAGUCCAAUCCCAAUAGGGUCCAGCCUUCAAGGCACAAAGAAACAUCCCCUUUAUCAUGGCAACCAAGAUUUCCUUCAAAGAGGAUUUCCCAACCCCCACAAACCCCAUCCCUACCCACUGCCAAGUUGAGUGAACAUCACAACUGGCAAGCAACUGUCAAUACUGUACAUGAAAGAAAUGCUGUUUUGUUCAACAAUCCUCUAAUGGCUGAUGUCUUUUUUACUGUGGGCAUCAGUGGCACCCAGAAGAAAAUUCCUGGCCACAAAGUGAUCUUAGGUUCUGGCAGCUCUGUCUUCUAUGCCAUGUUAUUUGGAGGCUUGGCAGAAGAGGUUAAGGUUAUGGAGAUAAACAUACCUGAUGUUGAACCUGCUGCUUUUCUUAAUUUGCUCAGGUUUUUAUAUUGUGAUGAAAUCUGCAUUGAGGCCGAUACCGUUUUAGCUACGCUGUAUGCAGCAAAGAAGUACAUUGUUCCUCAGUUGGCCAAAGCUUGUGUUCGUUAUCUAGAGACCAGUCUAAGCGCCAAGAAUGCCUGUGUUCUCCUCAGCCAGGGCAGGCUGUUCGAGGAAGUUGAGCUGAUGCAGCGCUGUUGGGAGGUCAUUGACGCACAAGCAGAAGAAUCAUUACAAUCAGAGGGCUUCACUGACAUUGAUAAGAAGACUUUGGAAACCAUCUUAUCUAGAGAAACUUUGAACACUAGAGAGCUUUGUAUAUUUCAUGCAGUUUGCAAGUGGGCCAAGGCUGAGUGUGUUCGUCAAGAGCUUGAUACAACUCCCCAGAAUCAAAGAAAUGUUCUGGGAGACUGCAUCCAGCUAGUAAGAUUCCCAACUAUGUCUCUGGAAGAGUUUGCCAAUGGCCCGGCUCAGUCUGGCAUCCUGUCCUUAAAGGAAUGUCAUGAUCUGUUCUUGCAUUUUACAGCUCUAAACACACCAAAGCUGCCUUUCAACAAACUGAACAGAAAAGGACUGUCUCAAUACCGUGUUCAUAGGUUUCAAUCUUCUGCUUAUCGGAGCAAUCAGUGGCGCUACAGGGGCAGGUGCGAUAGUAUUCAAUUUUCUGUAGAUAGGAGAAUUUUCAUUGCAGGAUUUGGCUUAUAUGGAUCUAGUAACGCAGCUUCUGAAUAUAAAGUUAGUCUGGAGCUCAAACGUAAUGGGUUGGUUGAAGGUCAGUGCAGUACCAAGUUUUUGUCUGAUGGAUCCAGCAAUACUUUUCCUGUUCUGUUUGAAAGCCCUGUGCAGAUAGAGCCUGACACUUGCUAUACAGCUAGUGUGAUUUUAGAUGGGAAGGAGUUGAGCUACUUUGGUCAAGAGGGAGUUGCAGAGAUUCAGUGCGGUAAAGUAACAUUUCAGUUCCAGUGUUCCUCUGACAGCACCAAUGGAACUGGCGUCCAGGGAGGACAAAUUCCUGAAUUAAUUUUUUACUGCUAGUUCUUAUUAUUUCUUACCUGCUGGCUCUACCAUGAUUCAACUAAAAC